AUGACAUUGCCAAACAUCUCGCCCGAGUCAUCUUUGGCUACUCCUGACAAGAAAUCGUUGGAGCCACUCAUCGAAAGCUCCACCGAUUCUACAACAGAUUCAGCGACGCCCAAGACAUGGAAACAGACCAUCAUCGCCGGCCUCAUCGCUUUUUGGCGUUUUUUCAAAACACCAACUGGAUUUCUAAUCACAUUGUACGGCCUGAAUGUUGUGGCUUGGGGCGCUAUGCUCUUCUUCUUGAUCCUCAAGGCUGCACCCGCCAUGAACCAUCCCGAUGGCGGCGACGCAGACUCCUCGCCUCGCAAAAUCUGGAUUGAGAUUGACUCACAAAUCUUGAACGCGCUAUUCUGCUUAACGGCUUGGGGACUUGCACCUUGGAGGUUUAGAGACCUGUGGUGGCUAUGCGUGUGGCGCUUUGGGCGUCAAUCGGAGAGAAGUUCCCAAGCCAUCAGAAGACUGGCUGCGAGGAAUGUGAGCUGGUUCCGUCUAGGAGAAGGCGAUCUGCUAGAACACGAAGAGCCCGGCGUGGAUCCGACACUGAUCCGACGAAAAACGUUCUCGGGAGAGAGUGCACCUCCUACAGCGUCGUGGAAGAUGGAUUUUGUGGUAUGGAUGAUGGUGUUGAACACGCUUUUUCAAGUCGGAAUGGCGUACAUGAUGUGGGCCUACAACCGCAUUGACCGUCCAACAUGGGGAGCGGGCCUGUUUAUUGGUCUAGGAUGCGCAGUAAGCAUGAUUGGUGGUUUGAUGUGCUGGUGGGAGGGAAGAAAGAUCAAGAAAAUUGAGGGACCCAAAGUCGUGAAGGACAAGGAGUUGUCAGAGGUUUGA